AUGUGUCAAGCAAGAAUGACACACUUCACCUGCGUCUGGUGCAACGACCGCUGGACUUCUGCCAGAGAAAACAUCAUCUGUCGCGAAGCAAAGGGCCCCUUUGAAAAAGGUCUCUUUGGUGGCUGCGGCAAGAUAUCUGGUGUGGACAAGUCCGUCUACGAUCGGUUAUGUCCGCGAUGCCCGCCCAAGGGGGCUCGAGAGGUUACACAUCGCUGA